UCGGACCGAGACACCUGCAGACAGAUGUGUGAGGACGGCAGAAUGGUACGUGGUUUCUCCGAAGAUGCAGCAAGUCUGACCGGAACUCUGUCAACAUGUGAGGAAAACUUUCCAACAGCUCUGCCCAUGCUGCUGGAUGUGGUCAGGGGACCUGAGCGUCUUCCUGCAGACGAGGAGUCACAGGAAAUGCUGAGAGGGAAAUUGCGCAUUCUGCAAGCUGAUGGCGCCGAGGUCAAUGGUCUAUUCACGGAGUUGUCCACUCAUCUCAUCUCCAUCAACAGUGAAGAAAAAGUUAUUGUCGUGACGUUCAAAACAUUUGAAGAAAUAUGGAAGUUCACCACAUAUUACACGAUAGGUGUCCUGGGUCAGUGUAUGGAGAAUCUGUUGUUUGAUCAGAAGUUUUGGCUUAGUUCUUUGGAGGAUGACGUCUCUAUCAGCGUUUCCAUUCAGGAGGACACUCUUAACCUUAUCUACAAAGGCAUCCUCAUGCAGGAAGGUUCAUUAUUUGCUAGUUGUAUUACCAACCAGAUGUUUGACAGCUCCACCUCUGGAAGUGACCUAUACCUGGAGCAGGGAGACAUAGCCCAGUUUGAGCCUCCUUUCCUGGGCUCUGGGUGGACUGUCCUCUGCCUGGCUGAUGGAGCCCGUGGCACUGCACCCAAACCUGCUCUCGAGCCAGUCACCCCUUUUCAUCAAUGGUUCCUCAAAUCUGCUGCAGAGAGCAUUUUAGUUGGUGAUGGGAAGCCUGCGUGUGACUUUCCUCUGCAGUUUGCCAGAGGAACCUGUCUGGCCACAAUGGCGUAUGAUGCUGAGGGCCCAGAUGAGCUGAGCGUGGCACCCGCUGAUCGCAUCAUCAUUGUUGGACUUCUGGUGUCUUGUUUUGAUUGGUUCACUGGGAGGAAGGAGUCCACAGGAGAAAUCGGUCUAGUCAAGACAAGCGUGGUGAAAGCAUCUGCUGACAUUUACAACUCAGCAGAUAUUUUGUUGGAUGGAGAGGAGGGGGCGUUCUUCAGUCUGCAAGAGGACAAAGUCAUAGAGGAAACCAGAGCAUUACUGAAGAAGAAAUUUCAAAAUGAUACUGGUCACAACUACAAACUGGAUGUGAUCAGUCACCACUUUGAAAAGAAAACAUUACUCAACUCUUCAAGCGAAGUUGAUACUCAGCAGUCUGACCUGAAGAGAGGCAUUCAGAGGAUUCUUAAUCAAAGAAAAGACUCACACUCAGACUCCAUUCUGACCAUGAACGGGACUGUAGAGGACUCGGUCCUGGCUACAGAGGCAAAAAAUCCAAACCCUCCCUGUUUCAUGGUUCACCCAGUUAUAGAAGGAAACAACAACACUGAGAACUUCAUUCCCCUCUUCUCAUUUUUAGAGGGACAAGACUACAAAGAGCUUGGCGUCCUGUAUGGACUGACUUCUGAAAGCCUUGUCUCUUCUACCUUCACUGGUCACUCGGAUGUGGAUGAGCUUGUUGCUUUCCUUGGUGUUGCUAGGGAAACAGCCAAGAAGAUGCGACUCUUCUGGUCACAGACUCGUUUGUGCUUUCUUCUGGGUAGGCUUUGCGCUGGGAAGUCAAAAUUCAGCCAGGCACGGGUUUACUUUGAGGAAGCCCUCAGUGUGCCACGAGAAGGCUUCAUGGACCUCAGGCUGCUGGCCAGCAUCUACUCCAACCUGGCUGCCAUAUAUCUUUUGCAGAAAAACAUUCAGAGUUUCUUUGCUCUGACAGAGCGACUUGCUGCCUUGCUAUUGGGAAGCCCAGACUGCCUGGAAUGCUUAGAGAACAACUCUGCUCUUAAAUACAUCCUGAAGAAAGCUGUGCUCUCUCACAACAAAGUGGCUGAAGCCCGGGCUUGUCACCUAUUGGCGAAGUACCAUUGGACUCGUACUGAGGGGGUUCAAGUUGUACCUUAUCUGGAGAGACUACUUGUUCUUUGUGCCGAAGCUCAAACAACGUGGAGCAUCUCUCCCAGUCACGGAUACCUGACCCUGGGAAGGCUCUACAGUGAACUCCAACUUCCCCACCUCAGUGUCAGUUCAGCCAGGAGAGCUUCUCUGCAGCCCUCUGCUACACUGACUGACUGCCUUAGCAGCAUGGUCCUAGCUUUGGACUGUGUCAACAGACGGUAUGAGAUCGCAGAAAAGGAAGCCUCCAUCCCACCUCAAAUGGCUCCGUAUUUACACCAAGCACUCUCUUCUAACAAAGUUAGAGGAGGAGGACAUGACCAACACCACGUUUUGAGCUGUCAACUUACUGUUUGUCUCUGCCAACUCUUUUACAAGCACGGGAUGGUUGGACACGCUAUCUGCCAUAUGCAUUCUCUCAUCAACAACGAUCCACCUUCACAGCAACUCCCCAUUUCUGUCCCAGAAAGAAACAGUGCCCUAAUCUGGCUGGCGUGGCUUCACAUUGACAACAAUCAGCCAGAUGUUGCUCUGGAGAUCCUGGACUCGGUCCUAGCUUCAAUGCCAGAACACUGCACUACCCCUCAGGAAGGUGUGGUCCUUAACAUGCGUGGUGUGGCACUUCGAUGCAUGGGUGACCUCCGGAGGGCAGCGGAGAGCUACCAGGCUGCUGUUGACAUCUGCCAAGAGUAUGAGGACAUGCCAAACUGGGCUGUGGCUCAGGCUAACCAAGGGCUGUUAUGUCUGAAGGCUGGAGCUAAAGGACUAGCGCAGAGACACCUGACUGAGGCUGUGCAGCUUUUCUCUGAGCUGGACGAAGAAGGUCAUGAGGCCGACUUUAUUACAGUGCUGCUGGAGCUGGGACAGCACUAUGUGAAGCAGCACCAGCUGGACAAUGGAAAAGGAUGCUACGAAUGGGCUCUUCUGCUUGCUAUGAAUGCCAAUCUGUUAGAUUGUCAGCUCACUGCAACCAGACACCUGUGCCAACUGUAUAGGCGCGAGAGUCCCGACCAGGCCCAGUGUAUCAUCUACAGUCAGCACCAGGUCCAGCUGCUGAAACGCACAGGAGACAGAGGACAGGAGGGAGAUGCUCUGGAAGCCAUCAGCCAGCUCUACCUCGCUCUGGGCACAGAAAGGGCACACCGGGUGGCUCUUGACUACACCAAAACCAGUUUGGCCAUUUUCAUCGACCUGGGCUGCAGGGAGAAGGAGGCGUCUGGCUGGCUGCAGGCUGGGAAGAUCUACCACCUGCUGGACCAGACUGAGCUCGUGGACCUUUAUGUUCAGGUAGCCCAGGAUGUGGCUCUGAAUACAGGAAACACCGCGUUCAUCUUGAAGCUUCUGGAAGCUGCAGGAGACAUUUUCUUCAACAGCUGCCAGGACCGAAAGAAGGCUAUCACUUUCUACAGGGACCUUGCUCUGCCUAUUGCGACGAAGAGCAACAGUCUUCAUUCCAGGCUGAGGUUGUGUAAUAAGCUGACUGAACUUAUGCUCAGUCUCAAGUUGUAUGUGGAAGCUGUGGAGUUUGCUCAGACUGCCCUGGACAUCAGCGUCACUCUCGGUGAGCACCUGAAUAAGCGAGUGGCUUACCACCGGCUGGCUUCUCUGUACCACCGUCUGGAGCAGUAUGAACUGGCAGAACACUAUUACCUUAAGACUCUGACUCUCUGUCCAACACCGCUUCUGUUUGAUGAGGAAGCACUGUACUAUGUCAGGGUGUAUCAGACACUGGGGGACAUCUUAUUCUAUGACCUGAAGGACCCAUUUGAUGCAGCAGGCUACUACCACCUGGCUCUGGCUGCAGCGAUGGAUCUGGGCAAUAAGAGGUCUCAGCUGCAGCUGUGCACCCGCCUUGCCACCAUCUACCACAACUUCCUAAUAGACCGGGAGCUGUCUCUCUUCUUUUACCAGAAGGCAAGAGGAUUUGCUGCAGAGCUGAACGUUAGGAGGAUAAAUAUCUCACCAGAUCAGCAUUAUAGCAGCAUGUCACAGUCCAAGUUCGCCAGACGAUAGGGAGUGCAAGAAAAACUUCUGAUUGAGUGUUUUUUUAGUACAGAAAAACAUGAUUCAUGAGAAGCCUGAUGAGCGCAUCAAAGAUCCCAAAGGAAAACCUAUUUUUUAAACUUUCUUUGGAAGAGAUAAUGAAGUUCAGAGUGCCCGAUAUGUCCGUUCUA